UGAAACCCGUAGCCUUCUUCCUAAUUUCAGUUUCUCUCUCCAUCUUCAUCCUAAUUUCCUAGUUAUUAUUGAAAUCGUGAACAGACUCGACUCAGCAGAGGAGGGACACGAUUAGUCAGCCGCAAUCAUCUUCUUUCCAGCUUCUCACAGUUCCGAAAGUCAAGUGUAUAAACAGCAUGGAGCGCUUCUUCCAGUGGUUGAAAGAGGCCCGGGCACGAGGGCUGCAGCAGGAAGUUUUCCUCUCCAUCUGGGAGAAGGAGCAGCAGGUGCUGCAGCACAGGGAGGAGGCACGGGUGUUGGAGCUCAGGCUGAAGCAGGAGAACAGGGCGGAGAAUGGGCUGGAAUCCGAAAGUACUGUCAGUUCCCAACUGGAGCUAAUGAUGCAGAGACAGUUUCAAGAACAGAAGACGGUCAUGAGAGUACUGGUCCAGGAAGAACUUGACGGGGUGAAGCAACAACUCAAAGAUAUGAACUCAAAGCUUCAGUCUGUGGAAGGUGCUCUCCGCAAAUUGCAAUCUGAGCGACCUGAAGAGAUGAAAAGGAUGAAGAAAACUGCUACUGCUUUGGCAAGAGUCGAAGAACAGCUAAUUAAGUUUCAAGCUACAUUCCAAAUGAUGCCUGACGAGGCAGCCAUGUCCGAAAACUCCGAACCUCUCUCCCUGCACUCAGUAGAAAGUGUUAAACUCAUGGAGACUUCACAGGAGACUGGCCAAAAAUUGGCAGGAAUAAAAAAAGACAAAUCUGCACUGUCUAAUGACCCGACUCCAGUGACAAUAAAGGGCGGUCUGCAGCAAGAUGAUAGCCCAAGGCUUAGUCCGCUUCAGCGACGAGAAAAAAGCUCAAGUCCUGCUCCUAUCCCCACCCCCAUCCAACCCCUUGCCCCUUUGACUAUUCCACAGCCCAACCCUACCCUGUCUCUGCCCCCAACACCGUCAAACUGGAAGAUCGGUACGACCUCCGGGGCACUGAGUCAGGAGAUGUUUACAACGGUUGUGAAACGAUCUCGCCGCCCUGGUGGGAACUCUCACGGAGAUGCCGGGGAGCAUGGUCCGUCUAUAAACAUACUUCCCAAGGAUGGUGCUGAGAUUUUUAUCGACAAAGUGGCGGACUUUGCGUCAAAAGGUCUCGAUCACCACAGUGACUACUUCUAUACACGGGGAAAACCCUGCAAGGUUCGCAUGCGAAUUUGGUUCUCCAAGCAGGGUCGUCUCGGAGUCAGUCUGCUGGUAGCCCCUGGAGAGCUAGAUGACCAACACAAAUGGCCGCUAAUCUUCUCCGGCUGGGGAAGCGUAUUCAACAAGGGCUCAGGUCAGUUCACACGCCUCUGGGAGGUCGAGUCCACCCUCCUUGACCGCGCGGCCGAGGGGUCAGAGUACCUGGUGGGCGUGUCCAUCCUCCUGUCCUCCAGCCGCAACCCGGUGAAGGACGUCACGUUUGACGUGCUGAUGAAGAAACGGUUUGCCGAGGGCGACAUGCUGAUCGUCUGGACGGUGAGGGCAGACCCUAGCGAUAAGGAAGUUGUGGGG